AUGUCUGCAGGAAGGACCGAGUACGGCGAUAUUCGCGACGGAGGAUACAAAGCUGCCUCCGACGACGAGGUGAGCAACGACAAACCCCUCGACGCCGGCGAGAUGUCCAAGGAAAAGCCCGUCGACCCGGAACUCGCCCUCACGGAGCAGAUGACGGUCCAUGAAGGCCAGCAAAAGUUCUCGCGGCUGGGCUGGGUCAAGUUGACCGUGUGUCUGAUCGUCGAGGCCAUUGCUCUGGGAUCCCUCAGUGUGCCCAGUGCCUUUGCCACGGUCGGCAUGGUCGCCGGUGUUAUUCUUUGCGUGGGCUUGGGUUUGGUGGCCAUCUAUACCAGUUACGUGGUCGGUCAGGUCAAGCUGAAAUACCCUCAUGUGGCCCAUUACUCAGAUGCCGUGGGCUUGAUCUGGGGUCGGUUCGGCUAUGAGCUUUGCAGCGUCAUGUUUGUACUCUUCCUCGUGUUGCUGGUCGGAUCGCACGCUCUUACUGGUACGAUUGCGUGGAUCAGAAUCGUCAAUGAGCCAACGGUAUGCGCCUUGGUCUUCUCCAUCGUCUCGGCCAUCAUCUUGUUCGCGCUUGCCCUCCCGCCGACCUUCCACGAUUUCGCAUGGCUCGGUUACGUCGACUUCAUCAGCAUCAUCGCCGCCAUCCUCAUCACCAUGAUCGCAACCGGUGUCGAAGCGCACAACGCUCCAGGUGGUCUCUCGGCCGUCGACUGGAGCGUCUGGCCACCGCCAGACACUAGCCUGUACAAGGCCUUCCUCUCCACAACCAACAUCAUCUUCGCGUAUAGCUUCGCGGUCUGCCAGUUCUCCUUCAUGAACGAGAUGCACACGCCAACAGACUAUGUCAAGUCCAUCUGGGCGCUUGGCCUCACCGAGAUCCUCAUCUAUACCUUGACUGGCGCGCUCAUCUACGCCUUCGUGGGUGCUGAUGUCAAGUCGCCAGCCCUGCUCUCGUCCAGCUUCACGGUCUCGCGGGUUGCCUUCGGCGUCGCUCUCCCCGUCAUCUUCAUCUCCGGUUCGAUCAACGGAACUGUCGUCGGCCGCUACAUCCUCGACCGCGCAUUCCCGCAUUCGCCGAUCAAGUACAUCCACAGCGCCAAGGCCUGGGGAGUCUGGCUCGUCCUGAUUGCCGUCAUCACCAUCAUCGGUUGGGUGAUUGCCGAAGCCGUGCCAUUCUUCAACGCGCUUCUGGGUCUGAUCUCCUCCCUCUUCAUCUCCGGUUUCAGCUUUUACUUCCCGGCACUGUUUUGGUUCGGCCUGAUCAAGGAGGGCAAGUGGCACGCCGGCUGGAGAAAUAUCACACUCUCGAUCCUCAACCUCUUCUGUCUGGUCAUCGGCGUCGCUACUCUCGGACUCGGAACGUACGCCAGUGUGCAGGACAUCAUCGACGAAUACAACUCUGGUAGCGUCAGAGGGUCCUUCAGCUGCGACAGCUCAUCGUACUCGUAG